GACAAUUUCUCUGCAUGUUCAGACAUUAGUCUUCCAUCAACUUUGCAGAAGAGAAGAACACCCAAGUCUAUUCUUAAUUCAUAAAUCAGAUAAUCAAAAUGGAAGAUCGAAAGUUCGAUAUCAGUCAAAAUUUGUGUGAAUCAUCAUGCUUUAAAUCUGCUAAACAAUUGUUGGAGAAUUCCGAUAAGAAAGCGGGAUUCGAGGAAUUCAUUUAUUUAUUUAUUUUUGUUUUUUGUAUUAUAUUAACUCUAGUAUUUAAUACUAUAUUUAAUAGAAAAGAGAAUACUGAAGCACUUAACACUAAGGAUGAACUAAUAGAAAAACUAAAAGAAUCACUGGAGCUAUCUGAAGAUAAUCGCAAGCUAUGGGACAAGAACCAAUUAGAAAUGACAACUAAAAUAGAUAAUCUUAUGGCUCAACUGGCAACUGCCAAUGAGAAAAUGAUUGAUAAAGAUAAUGAGAUUGCAAUGCUGACAUCAACAAUUAGUAGAAAUGAGAAAGAGAUUAAUGGCGCGAUUGAGAUUAUUAUCGGAUUGAAUCGUCAUAUAAGUGGUGACUGUUAAACAAAUAAUUGGAUAGUAUGGAACGCCAGAUAACGGUCGAUGAACUAGGUUUGAAUCCUACAUCCUUUGUGAGGUUACCAAUUAU